AUGUUUGAAAAAGAUAAACACAUAUUGGUUUUUUUUAAGUCCAAUCACAAUACGGGAGUUAGAAUAUACACACACAAAAAGUGGCUAUACAAUGACUCAUUCGCAAUCCAAGUGACUUUCUUAAAGCAUCGUAGCGGACUCUUCAAGAAAGUCAAUGAGCUUUGCACCCUUUGUGGUGUAGAUGUUGCUCUCGUUGUAUUCUCACCUAGUAAAAAGGUAUUUUCUUUCGGUCAUCCAAAUGUUGAUAUGGUCAUAGAUCGCUAUCUCUCUGGGGUCCCAUCGCAAAACAACAACACCAUAGAAUUUAUUGAGGCUCAUCGUAGCACCAAAGUGUGUGAGCUCAAUGCUAUGUUGAUUCAAAUCAACAACACACUAGACGAGGAGAAAAAGUGUGGUGAUGAGUUGAGUCUUUCAUGCAAGGCGUUGAAGGCUCAAUUUUGGUGGGCUUAUCCGAUUGAUGGAAUGAAUAAGGCUCAGCUUGAAUUAUUCAAGAAGAUGUUGGUGGAGCUUAAGAAACUUGUUAAUCAACAUGUUGAUAGGAGUGCAAUUCAGGGUGCUACUGCUCACACUUUUCCAUUUUCUGUUGGUAAAGAUUUAUCCUCUAACAUCCCUCUCCAUUAUCAGCCAAAUCCUCAACAAAUUGAGAUGUUUUCGCCACAAAAUUUUCAUAACCCUAUGUUGCAACCUCAUUUAAUUGGUUUCAACAAUAUGGGAAGAGGAAGAUAUGGACCCCCCGGAUUUUAUUGA